UCGGACCCCAAUGCAUUGGCUCCUCCCCGCGGGCGCCUGCUUGGCGGCCUUGGCGGCUGCGGACGGCGGGACGGACUUUUGGAGAACUCAAUCAGGGGCGUGCAGGGACUAUUCCGGCAGCAACGUGAAGUCCGAACCACUGCCAGACAUCGCUCGUUUCAGCGCGUGCCAAGUUGCUUGCAUGGAAGACUCACUCUGCGAAGCUGUGGAGUGGUAUCGUGAGCAGUUCCUCGGAGCACACUGUCAUCGCAUUCCCCCGCGUCCCGCGUAUGAAAUGGCCCAUCUCACUGGGGAGACCUCACACCAGCCUUUUCAAGGUGGUGGGGAGCCAUAUGAUGCUCAGUGCGCCUUCCGAAUUGGUUGCCGCGACGCAUUUUCCCAUUAUGAGGGUUUUUGCAAGGAUUUCCGGAAUCGUGACGUGAUGGCCGAUCCGGUCCCGGACGCCGUCGAAUCACUUGAAGCAUGCCAAGCAGCCUGCAGGGCGGAUGAUGGCUGUGAAGGAGUCGAGUGGUAUCCAGACACACAAGGCUGGCAAAACCACAAAUGCCACAAGUUCCCGGGAACGCCUGGUUCUGGUGGCUCAUCCAGUAUGCAGGUGGUACAAGGCGGAGGCGAUUACCUGGAUGCACAAUGCUAUGUGCGGCACUGCUUUGGAGGAGUAGCACGACUCAGAAAUGAUCGGUGGCAGCACUUCACUGGCUAUUGCAGGGACAGGAGUGGAACCGAUGUCCAGGGAAAUCCAGUGAACUUGUCAACACUGGAAGCUUGCCAAAGUGUUUGUUCUGAGGACCUUUCGUGCGAAGCUAUUGUGUGGUAUCCGGAGACGGUGAAAUGUUGGAGGCUUCCACCUGCACCUGGAUCCACCAGUGGACGUGGUGACUCCACAGAGAUGCCGUCCCAGGGUGGUGGAAACUACUUGGAUGCGCAGUGUUACCUUCGCUUCGGUCCAGACAGCUUCACACAUUUUGACGGUUUCUGUACGGACCGUGACGGUGUUGACGUGAUGGCAGAUGCGGUACCUAGUGCUGAGUCACUGGGAGCGUGCCAAGCAGUGUGCCUCUUAAAUGAGAGUUGCACUGGAAUCGAGUGGUAUCCUGGCUCGGGAGGCUGGCAAAACCACAAAUGCCACAAGUUCCCGGGAACGCCUGGUUCUGGUGGCUCAUCCAGUUUGCCGGUGGUACAAGGCGGAGGCGAUUACCUGGACGCACAAUGCUAUGUGCGCCCACACUCUGGGGCUGCCGUUUCAAUCAGCGUACCUGGGUGA